UCGUCAUGGCGAGGCUCUGGCUCUGGGCCGGCGGCGCGGGCUUGUUUCUCGCUCUGCUGGUUCUGCGUUCGCGCUUUUCCGGCUGUCGGGUGUUACAGGAGUUUGCUUUCCGAAUUCCCCGGAGAACGGAGGAGGUUCUGUACAGGCUGGAUGUGGGGUGGCCCACGCACCCGGAGCACUUCACCGGCACGACGUUCUGUGUUGCAGUGGACUCCCUGAACGGGCUGGUUUACGUCGCCCAGAGAGGAGAUAACAUCCCAAAGGUGUUAGUGUUCACAGAGGAUGGAUAUUUCCUACGAGGUUGGAAUGACACCGUUGACACACCUCAUGGCAUGUUUGCAACCAGUACACCGCAGGAACAGUCCAUCUGGAUCACGGACGUAGGAAGUGGGUCCUUUGGUCACACUGUUAAAAAGUAUAAUUCCUUUGGUGAUCUCGUUCAAGUCGUGGGUACCCCAGGCAAGAGAGGCACUGGCUUGAAUCCACUGCAGUUUGAUAGCCCUGCAGAGCUGUAUGUGGAGGACACGGGAGAUCUUUACAUUGUGGACGGAGACGGAGGCUUGAAUAACAGAUUGAUCAAGUUGUCCCAAGAUCUCAUGAUGCUUUGGUUGCACGGAGAAAAUGGGACAGGGCCUGCACAGUUCAGCAUACCGCACAGCGUCACCGUCGACUCGUCUGGUCGGGUGUGGGUUGCUGACCGAGGAAAUAAACGAGUUCAAGUAUUUGACAAAGACACGGGGGCGUGGUUAGGAGCAUGGACUAGUUGUUUCACAGAAGAGGGACCUUCUUCAGUCAGGUUCACCCCUGACGGGAAGUACCUGGUGGUGGCCCAGCUGAACCUCAGCAGGCUCCUGGUGGUGGCAGCGCCCCCGGUGGGAGACCUCGGCCCCUGCUCCGUGGUGAGCACCAUCCAGCUGGCGGACCAGGUCCUGCCCCAUCUCCUGGACGUCAGUGCAGAGACCGGAGCCGUCUACGUCGCGGAAAUCGGAGCGAAGCAAGUACAGAAAUACGUGCCUUUGGAAGGCUCCUUCCCUUCGUUCCGCUGAUGAUGUUCCCCCUGGAGAUCUUUCGGGGGGAAGUUCAGGUUCUGCUCACCGUUACGUGCUCAGCAGCAGCGUCCAGUGCAGGAAUUCAUCUUAAACUGUUUACCUGGUGUAGCAUCAGAAAACCUACUUUUACGUCAUGAAGGAUUAGAUGUUAUGAUGCCAUUGCUGCGGCUUCCCUUUGCUUGUAAACGCGUAGGGUGUUUUAGUGCAGCCAGUGGAACUAAGAAGUGGGGCCAGAAGGAGGGACAGAGGUGUAACCUGGUUAUUUGUCCUGGUGGUUGUCAUCCUGGGGGUGCAGGAAUAAACAGGGCGUUUAGGACCGCUGACCGCAUGUCCCCGAGGAACCACGAGCCUCCCGUUUGUUCACAUCGUAUCAAAGGGACGGCUGAGGGUCAGGUCGACGGCUCG